GGAGCCUUGGGGGUCAUACAUUCCAUGAACUAUGUCCUGGCCGAGGAGGAGGAGACACAGGUCCCGGUGGGUGGUCUACAGCUUACACUGUACCAGUACAAAACCUGUCCCUUCUGCAGUAAGGUGCGAGCCUUCUUGGACUAUCACCAGCUGCCACAUGAUAUAGUGGAAGUGAAUCCAGUCAUGAGGAAAGAGAUUAAAUUCUCCACCUAUAGAAAGGUUCCCAUCCUGUUGGCUAAUGCUGGCUGCCCUAUUCAACUAAAUGACUCUUCUGUUAUCAUCAGUGCUAUGAAAACCUUCCUUAUCUCCAAGCAGAAAAGUUUGGAAGAGAUUAUGUAUUAUUAUCCAGCUAUAAAAGCAACAGAUGAAAAAGGGAAGGAGGUGACCGAGUACCAGAACAGAUACUGGCUCAUGCUGGAUGAGCAGGAAACCAAGCAGUUGUAUGGUUCUAAAGAAGCACAGAUGGAAGAGAUUAAAUGGCGACGGUGGGCUGAUGACUGGCUGGUUCACCUCAUUUCACCAAAUGUUUACCGCACCCCAGGGGAAGCACUUGCUUCGUUUGACUACAUUGUACGCGUAGGGAACUUCGGCCCUGUGGAAGGCCUUUUUGCUAAAUAUGUGGGAGCGGCAGCUAUGUUUUUCAUCGGCAAGAGGCUGAAAAAGAGGCACAACUUACAAGAUGAUGUGAGGCAGGACCUGUAUAAAGCCGCUGACACCUGGGUUAAAGCUGUGGGGAAACACAGAAUGUUCCUGGGAGGUUCGGAGCCAAACCUGGCAGAUCUGGCUGUAUAUGGAGUCCUUAGAGUUAUGGAGGGCUUGAAAUCCUUUGAUGAAAUGAUGGCAAAUACCAAGAUUAAACCAUGGUACCAGAGAAUGACCAGCACCAUACAAGAAAAAGCAGCUUUGCACUGA